GUGACACAUCUGUGACAAAAUGUCAAUUACGUGAUCAAGAUAAAAGUCAUAUUCUCAAUUGCUUUUCAUACAGAAAUAUAUUUAUUAGUGUAUUCAUAAUGCCCGUCGACUGCCAAAGGUCUACUUCUGGUGGGAAGGGGAAUUUAGGGAUGUUUAUAGAAAGAACCCCUCACGUCUGCGCAGCCGGACUGCCGUCGGCUGAACCAGACGAUAAAAUAAAAGACUUUAUGCAGCAUUACCUCUUAAAAGAAGAAGCUGAUGCCUUAAUUUCAGACGCGAUUCAUCCACCAAAACCUUCGCGACCCCUUCCUCCUUUACGCAAACCCUUCCCCCAGGACAAGAGAAAUGCCGGGUUUUUCACCGAGGUCAAAGAAGUAAUGUUCUCUAAAAAGGAAACAAAGUUUCAAACUAUAGCCGAGGAUUUAAAAAACACCGUAUAUGCUUCCGUCUGGAAGAAACCAUUGGGGGAAUGCAGGGAUUCUCUUCCUAUGAUGCCAGCAGGUUUCGAUAAAAAUACAACUUUCGGAAAGAAAACAGAUCGACCUGUGUCGCUAUACGAUAUAAUCAUGCCCAAGGUUCCUUUACUAGACAAGACGCCGCCUUUUAAACAAGCUGGUGUUCAAAGGAAGCGAAGCUAUUGUGAACCAUUCAACCCCGACGCGUUUUUCGGCCACAAGUCAGGAUUAUGUAAGACUGGAAAAUUCGCAAAGAAAUGCAUGACUGAUGACAACGUGGAAAAUGGUAUCACUGCCGCUGUAGUUACAAGUAACCACGCAAAUUAUUUAAACACUACCCAUCAACGGUUAGGAAAGGCAUUGACCCCUUACGAUAAUAUUAAAGAACGACCAGAAGGCAGUAGCUUUGGCGCUCCAUCAGAAACCCCUAAACCCAGCGUGGAAUCUUACACUUCCUGUAAACUAUACCCUGAAAAAGAAUUCAUCAAGAAAUGCUUUACUCAUCUCAAUUCUGUAAGAAAAGUUUUAUCCAAGCAGUUCUUACCAGAAUUUUUCGCUAAAUUCUACUUACUCUUUAAACACUUGGAUACGGAGAAGUCAGGAUGGCUAUCAAAGAAUAUCGUUUAUGAACAGUGCAUUAUUAAGAGGAUCAAGUUUGAUUCUUUCAUAUUCGAAACUUUGCUGUCAUUGUGGAAAGCUUUCGACGGUUCUCGAAUAGAGUAUAAGACAUUCGUUCACAUGAUAAAUUACAGAGAACCGACGCAAGAAAUCCCAAAAAUACCUGACAUACAAGAAAAUUGUCUAAACUAUCAAACGACAUACAUGGAGUUGAGCGAGCCAAAAUGUCCUGAUGUGAGUCCGAUGGCAGGUAUUCCAUCUGGCCGAUAUUUCGACCGCGACUAUCCAAUAACACCUGAUAAUUGCUGCAAGGCAGAUAGAUCUCUUCUUCCACAUGAAUCUGACGCAAAGUCCUGCUUAUACCCAAGUGUAUUUACCAAAUUUAACGUCAGCCAUCGUGACAUGUACGCUAAAAGAGAGCCUGGAUUGAUUAGAAAAGUAUUUGAGAACAGCGGGGAGCGGUUUACAGAUGAUUCUUUUGAGGAAAUUUGGCAGGAAGCUAAGAAGUAUCAUUCUGAGGGGUGGGUCUGUUUUGAAACUUUUAAACGCGCAUUGAUUAAGUAUCAAGGUAGUAAAUAGUUCUCUUUAAGAACAACAUAGGUGUUACAAUCAACUUAUUUAUAGUUUACUUAUAUCGCCGAGUGCUGAAGUUAGAAAUUUGAUCUCAUAUGUUUUGCCAGCAACAUUUUAUAGGUAACGCAUGUUUCCGUUACAUAC